AUGCUUCUCCAUUUGUGCUUCGAUAGGGUGGCUUCUUCGAAACUGCAGAGCUGCUGCUGGAAGCACAGGCACGUCGAGGACGAUGCUGCUGGCUUUCUCUCUCUUUUCUUUGGUGGCCGAUCGCAGGCUUAUCUCGAGCUGGAGGAUGCUACCCAGCGCACUCCACUUCAUCAUGCUGCCCGACGUGGCCAUGCGGAGGUCACUGCACUGCUGCUGAAUGCCGGGGCACGCAUCGACGCGCAAGACGGCGACAGCAACACGCCGCUGCACCACACCGCUCGGUCGGACAUGCUGUUUAACGUUUCUACACUCCUCCUCGCAAGAGGGGCCGACUUCGAGCUUCCGGACGCCAUCGGCUUUCGGCCGCUGCACUACGCUUGCACCUUCAGCCAGCCUCUCACCGCCAUGAAGCUAUUGGAUCUCUCUGCUGACGUCUGGGCAAUGGACAGGUCCGGAUGGAGCCCCGUGAUCCACGCCGCGGCCGUCGGCGAGCAGAACUUUGUCAAGGAAUUGGUGGCCCGCAUUGCAAAACCUGAGGAGUUUGCGCAGCCUGAUCCAUCCAAGUUCAUCAUGCAGGGCGAUGGGACUAUCGGUGGCAUACCGGCCUUGGUGAUUAUCGGAGUCCUCGUCCUCAUGCUGAGUGUGGCGGUCGUCAUCCCAGGCUGCCGAAUCAUUCGCCGAUUCCGCCGGUUAAAGAAGCCAUAUGAAGUGGAGGAUGCCGACGAGACAGCAGAAGACUUCAUCACCGAUUUGUUUGAAUAUUUGGGGGAAGUGCCCGGUCAGCUGUCUCAGUUGGCCCAGGAGUGGGACCGUGUGAAUGUCAAUGCCAUCAGUGACUUGCACCGUGUGAAGACCAAGGGAAUGUGA